CUUCUUUUCUCUUUUUUCAAUUUAUUAUUACUAUUAUUAUUAUUAUUAUUAUUACUACAUUUCCAUGAUAUGAAAGGCAAUUCAACUGCUACCAUUCAAACGAUAACUUCAAGUAAAGCAGUUGAACGCGAAAUAGCAACAGCGAUAAAACUCUUCCAGGGAAAGGAAACAGAAUUCAAUUGGGAAAAACGGGAACAGAUGCUUCUAUUGAUCGAUUCACUUUUACAACAUGAUUCUUUUCCAGAUUGGCAGCCUAUUAUUGUACAAGGUGUUCGUGACUUGGUGUAUGGACUUGCCGAUGCUAUACAAAGUUUGAGGACAAAGUAUGCACUGGUGGCUUUUGAUCUUAUCACAACCAUUGGUAAUAUUAUUGGAACACAACUGGAUACAACUACGUUUGAAACUCUUGUCAAUAGUUUACUAAGAUGUGGGAAUUCUAGCAAACAAAUCAUUGCCAACAAGGCUAAAGAUACUAUGGUUUCUUUUCUAUCGACAACUACUUAUCACAAUAGAACGAUCAAUCUCCUUUUCUCUGCCUUUGCUGACAAGAAUCAUCAAGCUCGCCAUUUUAUUGCUAUCUAUAUGGAAACCUACCUACAAACACAUACACCAAGAACACUUGUUAGAUCUACCAUGGAACGUCAAAAUACACUAGCUACUAUUGAACUCUUUUUGAAAACUGGAUUAUUGGAUGCUACCCCUGCCGUACGACAAGUAUGUCGUCGUACAUUUUGGAUUUAUCACAAUUAUUGGCCUAGGAAUGCGGAUAGGCUAUUACAAAGAUUUGAUACCGGUAUCAAGAAACAAGUGGAACAACAAAAACCUACAAAAGUCGACACAGCCAUCGAUCGUAACCAUGUCUCCAACGUAACUCCAGGUUCUCCUGAAGGCGUCAAUCGAUUACGUCAACGCAAAUUAUUAUCAAGUCCGUUGAAACUGUCCCCUCGAAGUAAUCGAACAAAAGUGAAUAUGGAUAACAAUGAUAGCAACACUAUAAAACGCCCUGCGUCGCCAAAUUUUACAACUGAUCAUCCUACCCGACAACGAAAAUUAUCUAGAUCGCUGACUGCAUCACCGCAAUGUGAUAGAGUAUCAGAAUAUUCACCAGCACUUGCAUCUGCUUCAUUACUACAUAUGCUUCGCAGCUCAAAUGUUACUAUCAACUGCAAAGGUUUAAAUACACUCGCCAAAUGCUUAUCUGAAAGCUAUCGACGACCUGCAUUGAACAACAAUUAUGACGGAGUACUUCCUUCCACUGUACCUAGUCGUGUUGAUCUGAUACCUAUCCUCCAAAGUUAUCUCUCUUUUGAUCGGAUGUUAAGUGAUGACACGUUUUGCGAACAACUGAUGUCUUGGGAUAUUCUCUGUGGUAUAUAUGCUCAAAUUCUUUCUCUCCAACAUUUUCUACCUACGGUGAUAUUAGCUGGUGAAAGACGACAUCGAAAUGGUUUGUCCAACAAUACGUCUCCACUAUCACAACGGUUAUAUACAACAUGUGCUUCUGGAUGCAGGCGGUUGAAACUCUACUUGAAAUACAACGAUCCGACAUUAAUGAAAUCAUUAUUAGAUAUUCUUCUUAUGGCGACUACCUUUGAUGGCGCAGGUUUACGUGAUCCGAAUGCAAAGAAGGAACUCUUGAAAACGACUUUAUCAUUACAUCAUGAUAGGAAGACUGAAGGACACAAAGCACAAGAUGACUUGGUGUUUGGAUUGGUGACAUGGUUGGAUGAACUUGUUUGUACUUUUGUUGGAUUGAAUGAUGAUGAACAAGAGGAUCAACAAUUGAUGGACGAAUGCAAGCAAGCAUGGAAAACAGAUACAGUAUCGGAUGUAGCGACCUCAUGGCUUGAUGAUAAUGACAAUCUGACAAGUUGCUUGGAACUAAUACUAGGUGUUGUUCAUUCUUAUCUUCCGUCAGCUGGAUCCUCGGCCGUAUUUACUACUUUGAUGACAUUGAUAGGAAGAUUACGAUUAGCCAACAUACGGGUGUUCGAUGCAGUGAUACGACAGGCUGAUGAUGAUACAGUUCGGCUUUUGGAUACGUGUUUGGGACGUCCUCGGUCGCUAUAUAAUGAUAUAGACCAAUCAAAGACCAUUGGGCUACUCGAUGAAAACAUUUACGAUCAUAAUGUACCUCCUCCUUCCUACAGUGAUGUUAUGGGCUUAGAGCGACAAGAGGAAAGUGAUCUAUUAGAUAACGAUCAAGAUGAUGUUCGUGACACCAGUUUGGGAUCGAUUCAUUUGGAAGUCAUGUCACCUGAACCAUCUCUUACGACAACUCAGGGACCUUCUGAUAUGGACAACAACGACGACGAUAUGGUGCCCCGAAUCAAAAAAGAACCAUCAAGAAAUCUGGAACAAUCGAUAUCAUCGGCAGUUGUUAUUACCACCAUAGAAACAAAUCAUGCGACCAGUGACAAAGGCCUGAUCCAUCAAAUGAACUCUUUAUCGGAGACGACUGAACAAUUUAUGAUGAGGACAAACAAGUCAAUGGCAAUUUAUGAACAACUUGAAUCACUGUGCAAAAAACAUGACUGUAAGGAUGAAAAAAACAAGGACAUGUGGAGAUCAACGUCACGGGUCCACCAAGAUGGAAAUUUGCUUGGGUUAUUGGUUCAUCAACUGACGGAAGAACUAUUACAAGGUGACUUAUCUGACAACCAACGGAUCGGUAGUUUACGGCUUCUUGAACAUACUUUGAUUUAUCAAGCAGAAUUGGUAUUACAGCACAUGGAUGAUUAUGGAUUAGUGAUGACAAAGGCAUUCAUAUAUACUAAACAGGACAAUUUUGGCCAAAUAGCAUUACUAGUUGAUCAAGUACAACACCUAUUACUGAACAUGUUGACGACCAAGACAUGUGCAUCUAUCUUCACUCAACUUUUGAAACAAGACAAAGGCUUAUCAUCAUGCAAAGGUGAUGAACGUGUUCAUCCUCUAUCAAAUCUAUUCAACAUGAUCAAUAAAGUGGCAUCUAGAAUAAUGACAUUGGAUAUGGUGGAAAACUUAUUUGUACAAAAUGAAUGUGUAGAAAUUUUUAUAAAGGGAAUCAAUCAUUCUUUAUUAUGUGUUCGACAAUCUUGUGUCAAUGCAUUGGUGUCACUUUCCUUUUGUUUGGGUAAUCAAGAAGAUAUCAAAAACUAUCUACCAGGGUUACGGAAAGAUCAAUGUGACUUGUUAGAUCAUUAUAUACAAAUGGCGAAAAAGUAGUUAUUAUGCCCCCCUUUUUUUUCAAAAUAAAAGAGAUCAACAGCGAUAACGGGUAAAUCUUGUU